AUGACAGCCGUUGCGGUUCGGUUUCUUGGCGGGAAACCAUGGGAAGUUGCCCAGUACCGUGACGUUUUGGAAAAGGUUUGGUCUGACCCUGGUGACGAAUCAGAGGAUGAUGACGUGGAUGCAGCAGAAUCGAAUCACCUGCAGCAGCAAAAGGCUAGGCGGAUGGAGCUAUUCGCAGCUGUGGACAACAAGAGCCUGCAGGCUAAGCUCAUACAAAAGUACCCUGUUGCCGAGGCUGCCACGUUGGUUCGGAGGUACAUGGACGAUUCGUGGGCUUGGUUCGGACGGCCGAGUUUGGACGGGAUUGCAGAGCAAGUUCUUUUAGGGGCCCGUAAACUUGAGGAUUUGAGGGAAGAGAAGCAACAGCAGGACCAGGUGCAGCGAAAACAGGGGCAGUCACAAGAUCCACAAGGGAAGCCAAAACAGCAGCAGCAGCAAUCCACUCGAGCACAGAACCAAGAAGAAGCUUAUGAGGCGGUUCAACAGGUACAGAAUCAUGAAGCAGCACCUUCAGCCGCCGCCACCACCGCUGCUGCUGUCAGUGGUGAUGCGGAGCAGAUGGUUCGUGAGUUGCGAGAGAGCAGUGCGAGACUGAAGGCGGUAGGGCAGGACCCCUUGCCUGACGCACUGCGAUUGGCUGAGGCUGCUAAAGCCCAGGUCCGGGAUCAGGCUCGGGGUAAGGCUGAGGGUGAGGCUAGGAAUGGUGGCUUGGGGGAAGAGAGGGAAGUCGUUCAGGGUAGUAAAGCAAGGGGAGGGGGAAGGAAGGAGAGGGUGGGGUUGGAACACGUGAGGGAGGAGGAGGAAGAAGAGGAGGGUGAGGAGGAUAGGAGGACGAAUGAAGCUGGUAUGAGGAGGAAAUGGAAGAAAAAGGGGGAAGAAGGGGGAAGGAGAGUAGCUAGUGAGACUUGGUUGGAAGUUCUGGGAAAAGGAGAGGGUGAGAGAAGAAGGCGUGGUGAAGAUGGGAGAGAGGAGGAUGGAGAGGGAAGGGAUGGGGGUGGAAGGAGGAGAAGGAUGAUGGACCCUCAACCAACCGCACGCAUUCUAGAGUGGUCUGAAGAUGACGGGGAGUUGGAAGAGACUCCAGAGCCAGCUCAACCCCAUGGUCCCAGCAACCGGCAUGGCCGCACCAGUAUGCCCGCCACAGUGCACCUACGAACGCCCUCCGCCCCCCACCUCUCCCCUCUCAACCUGCAUGCUGCUUCUCCUGGCACUGCUGCUGGUGCUGCUGCAAGGGGUGGUAUGGGGCAAGGUGUGAGGAGGCGGGGAGGCACUGUGACUGCGACUGGAAGGGUGAGGAGGCCUAAGCGGCCGUUCAGUGCGGAGGAGACAGACACACUCAAGAUUGGCGUCAUGAGGUUUGGCAAAUCGUGGAGUCAGAUCAUGCACGAAUACGCCGAUGUCUUUGCAGGCCGGACGCAGGCAAGUGACCUAUACCUGCUCGAUUGCUUUGCUUAA